AUGUCGAACAUGUGCGAUUUCACUGCCACGAAUGCUGAGACCACAUGUGUCAAUUCCCAGAUGCCGGUGACCUUCGAGGAGGUGGCUGUGUAUUUCACCCAGGGGGAAUGGGCCUUGCUGGACCCGGGUUUUCCAAUUCCCAAGCCCAGCGUGAUCUCCCAGCUGGACCGAGGGGAAGAGCCGUGGGUCCCUGAUCUCCAGGGGUCCCAGGCUAGAGAGAUCCAGAGAAACAUCCCCAGAGGUGAAGAAACGCUGAGUGAGAGCAAUGAAGAGAAUCCUUGUCCCGCAGGUCCUGAGCGAAUGGAACCAAAGGGGACGUUGCUGGGAAGGUGUGAAGGGGAUGAUCCCCAGAGUCAUGGGCAGGCCAGAGAAACUCAGUGCAGGCCAGAGAAGCAGCAGGGAACCCCCCCCGGGAAGACACUGGGUGAAUCCACUCACCGAGGGGGACGUUUGGAAGAUCCCAAUGUGGCCAUGAUCCAGGCGAGAACCUGUACUAAGGAGAAGCGGUUUGAAUGUGCCGAGUGCAGGAAAUGCUUCAGUUAUGGAUCACAUCUUGUUAGACAUCAGAGAUCUCACACAGGAGAGACCCCCUAUCACUGCCCUGAGUGUGGGAAACAAUUCAAUGACCAGUCAAACCUUAUUAGACAUCAGCGAACCCACACAGGAGAGAGACCCCAUAAGUGCCCUGACUGCGGGAAAUGCUUCAGUCAGAGGUCAGACCUUAUUGUACAUCAGAGAAUCCACACGGGAGAGAAAUGCCAUAAAUGCCCUGACUGUGGACAAACCUUCACUCAGAGUGCACAUGUAACCAGACAUCAGAGGAUUCACACGGGCGAGAGACCCUACGGAUGCCCAGAGUGUGGAGAAAGCUUUGCUUGUACCUCAGACCUUAUUAUACACCUGAGAGUCCACACGGGAGAGAAACCCUAUAGCUGCCCCGACUGUGGACAAAGCUUCACUCAGAGUCAUCACCUUACUGACCAUCGGAGAAUCCACACAGGAGAGAGACCCUAUGCCUGCCCCGACUGUGGGAAAAGCUUCAGACAAAAAUCUGGUUUCAAUGUCCAUCGGAGAAGGCACACAGGAGAGUGCCCCUAUCAAUGUUCCAUCUGUGAGGAAAGGUACAAGACCAAGACUUCCUUAAUAUUCCACAUGAAACUCCACAUUGACUAGUGCUGGCCAUUUCCCCUCCUCUUCUCUCUGCAUCCAUAGAGAUCGGAGGAACGGUGAGGAUAAUAAAGAGUUGCCCAAUGCCCUAGGGAGCCAAGUGGCUCCACUAUUGACGUGAGUGCUAUGUGUCUCAGGAGGACGGAGGCACCAGGCGAGUGACAUUAUUAUUACUGUAUUGCAUUAUUCUCUGAGCCUCUCCCAUCCCUUCCCGGCACUCUCUGUCAGGGCAGGCCGAAGGGUUCAGCUGGGUGUCCUGGUCCCUGUUUUCAGCCAGGGGCUCAGUUCACAUCGUUGCACACUGGGAUUAUUCUGGAAAUUGCCGCCCCGGGAGGCAUUUUCUCCCUG